AUCAGAUCUUUUUCUCUGUUUAUCAGAUCUUGAGUUCCAGUCCAGUCACUGACUCGUCUUACCUUAGUCUGCUGUCGCUGCAUGUCAUGCUGCGUUGUCUCACGCGCGCCCGCCCACUAUUGUCGCUAUUAACACCAAGAAGUCUUAUUCACAUUCACAACAAAACAAUGACUACCGAUCAUAGCCAUGGACACGCUCGUGUCCCUAAUACCCUUGAGUGGCUUGCCAAGACAAAGAGAGGAGAUUACCUUGUGCAAGUAGCAUGGCCUUUGUGCUGGGGUGAAGAUCGCGUUGCCUCUGAGAAUGAAGUGGUCAAUCUGGUCUACCUUGUUGAUGGCAAUGCCUAUUUCUUCACAGCUGUUGAUGUUUCCCGUCGUUUGGAAUACUUGAAUAGCACAAGAACUGUCGUGGUGGGUAUUGGAUACCCGCCCAGCAAAUAUGUCUACGACUUCCGUCGUGGGCCGGAUCUUACACCACCUGCCGAUGAGUACGACAUGCCGCUCGACAGGUAUGGCAAGCCUCGCACAGACAUCUCAUUUGGUGAAGCCAAUGAAUUUCUCGACUGGAUCAAAGCCGAUGUUAUGCCUUACGUUGAAGACACGCUCUUCCCCAAGGCCAAUCUUCAUACCGGUCGCAAAGCCCUGUUUGGCCACUCAUACGGUGGCAUCUUCACUCUCAACACCAUGUUCACGCAACCAGAACUGUUUAACACUUACAUCGCUGCUAGUCCAGUUAUUUGGUGGAACAAGGACUUUUUGAUCCGCGAGCGUGAGACUGCUUUUCUUGCACGCGACAAGCCCGUCGACCCUCCAUUUUCGCUGGCUCUUACAUGGGGUACCGGCAAGUCAGAGUUGGUAAGGGACCCUGACGAUGACGAUGAAAAGUGGUACAAGAGACAGAACUGUGCGGAAGACGAUAAGAUGAAGCCAAGCGCAACAGCUUUGGUGUCGCGACUGAAGGAUUGUCCGAGUGUCAAGAAGAUCUGGACCCGUGAGUUUGAUGGCGAGGAUCACGGAAGUGUUGCGGUGACGGGUCUUCAGCAGGGACUCAUGCAGUUCAUUCUGGGCAAAAUUUAAAUAUAAUUGAAGAUAGAAUUGAUAGACUUGAAUUAGAGUUGGCGCAUGCAAGUGCGCAAAUCGUACAAACUCUUCAUA